AUGAAGCACGAGCAGGCCUGCCCAGACGACUCCACUUGGGGACCACUUGCGCAUGGCUGUCGCCGUGGCCUUGACUUCACGAUACCUUUCGAACACUUGGUCGUGCCUAUCGCCCUGUCGCUACUAGCUAUCUUGGUCUCGUGCGGGAGAGUGCGACAGAUAUGGCAUCGACCACGACUCAAUGCCGCCGGCUGGCCAUGCACCUGCAAGAUAUACAUUUAUCUCGUCCUUGCGGCAGCUCAUAUAAGCACGCUGGCGGUCUGCAGUACAUUGGACGUUCCCGACGCCCGACCUUACAUCGCUUCUGCUGUACUUUCGACUGUCGUAGUCCCAUUCUUGGCUGUGACAUCUCUUCUAGAAGAAUGGCGCUCUCCACGACCGGCCGUGAUAGUGCAAGGCUACUUGGUCUUCGACAUCAGCUGGGGAGUUGUUCAGGCGCGAACGUCGUGGCUUGUCGCUAAUAGUCAGAUGUUCAAAGCAUAUGCUGGACUCUUUACAGCAAUCCUUGCCCUGAAACUUGGGGCUCUGCUCCUAGAAUGCUUGCCAAAGAAUGCGAACCUGCAUACCUACAAACGCACCCCCGAAGCGGUCGCCGGACUCUUCAGCCUUGCAUCAUUUGCUUGGCUCCAUCCACUUCUGCGGAUGGGCUACUUCAAGCCUUUGCUCCUCGCAGACCUCUACCCCCUGCCGCCUUCCUUAACCACCACUCGAUGGCUUCGAAGGCCGUCGAACCCAGGCGUGACGCACGCAGCAAGCGGAAGAUGGAAGUCGAUCAAUUUGCUCUCCGGUCCGCUAUUGCUGCAACUUUGUCCAACACUUGUCCCUAGAGCACUGGUUGCUGCCUUCUCCUUCGCGCAGGUCUUUCUUCUGAAGGCGAUCCUUCACCACUUGCAAGGUCGUGGAAGUUCAGAAUCUACAAAGAUCGGCUAUCUCCUCAUUUUUGCCACGUUCUUGGUAUAUACUGGGUCCGUGACGGCAAGGUCGUGGUACUCGUACUCUCACGAACGUUGGCUGUGCAUGGCAAGGUCGAGGCUAAUGGAAGCAUUAUACUUUCAUACAUUGAUGGGAAGUUCUUCAGCCUUAUCUAAAGCGGAGGGCCUAACUCUAAUGGGCACCGAAGUCGAGAGAAUCCGCACUGGUUUUCGCAGCCUGCACGAGUUGUGGAGUUGUCCGCUUGAAGCAGCCUUUGCGAUAUGGUUACUGUUCCAACAGGUCGGACCCGCAGCCUUAGCCCCUCUUGCGUCUGUGCUUCUCGUCACGGCACUUACAGUAUUACUUGGACGAGCCAUUCCCAAACGCCAGCGUGCCUGGAUUGAAGCAAGGCAGCAGCGUACGACGUGUACUGCGAAUCUUGUUCGUGACAUGGAAUCGCUUCAAGCCACGCAGCUGUCCAAUGCGGCACAUGCAUCAAUUCAAAGCCUGCGGGAGCACGAGAUCGAUAUUGGGCAAAGAUAUCGACUAAUUCAGCUGCUGAUCUUGACUAUGGCUUUCGUUCCCGUCAAUUUGAGCCCAGUCUUGACACUGGCCUUUACUCGCAGCAAUUUGACUACAGCAACGUUCUACCAGUCAAUUGCCCUGAUCCCGCUGAUUGCAGAGCCGGUCUCUCACUUAUUUCAGGUCAUAUCUCCAUUCCUCGCAGCCUGUGCUUGUCUUGGUCGUAUACGAGCAUACCUUGGAACAAAACCGUGGAACGACCGCCGCAACUUCGAGGGAGGCACCUCUGCUGCCGCUCUUGCAAACAAUGCCGCGAUCACCAUUGCUGGCUGUGAUCUUGGAUGGAAAAACGAAUCUCCUGUAUUGCACGGUUUCAACGCCUGGAUUCCGUGUAAUGGCUUAACUGUAGUUUUUGGUCCAACCAGCUCCGGCAAAUCGACAUUAUGCAAAGCUCUGCUGGGUGAAUGUCCAUAUGCAAGCGGACAAAUUAUCAUGCAUGGCAGCGCCAGCCAGGCCAUCGGCUUCUGCGAACAGAGUCCUGUGUUACUGAACGGGACGAUUAGAGAAAAUAUCACUGGCUUUGCGACGUUCAAUCAUGGUCUAUACUGUGAGGUCAUCCGAGCUGCCAUGUUGGAAGAAGACUUUCGUCAAAUGGAGAACGGCGACCAGGCGGAAGUCGGCAGUAAUGGCUCCAGUCUGAGCGGCGGACAACGUAGCAGGAUUGCUCUGGCUCGUGCGCUUUAUGCGUCAACAUCGAUCUACAUCCUGGACGAUGUUCUCAGCGGUCUGGAUCGCAGCACCGCGCAGCACGUGUACGAUAACGUGAUGGGACCUGAUGGCCUGAUCAAGCGCCGUGGUGGAACUGCCAUCUUUGCUACCAGCUCCAGACAAUAUGUGGAUGCAGCUGAUCAUGUCAUUGACCUCACUCCCGGAUGUACCGCGCCCAGUAAUGACGAGAGUGUAUCUGACCAGGUCAUCGUAUCAAACAAUACCUCUGAGCCUGCAGCGCCAUCUGAAAAGGAUCGCGGUACUUAUGGUCCCCCCAACAGCUCAUACCACUGCUUUGAAUCUCAAGAGUCUCGUACUUCUCGGGCCCCUUCGCUCACCUCGUCCAAGAAUGUGUCGGAUGAUCAAUCUCUGAAAAGCGACCUUUCCUUCUACAAAUACUACCUCCGGUCUAGCGGCAGUAUGCCUCUCUUGGUCUUCCUGUCCUUGGCGCUCAUCUAUGCAUUCUGCUUGAACUUUUCCACGAUCUGGCUCUCAUUCUGGAACCAGAAUAGGUUCUCCGAAUCGACAUCGUUUUACCUGGGCGUCUUCGGCCUCCUCAAAGCAACGACUUUGAUCUUUCUCAUCGUCAGCAUGACCGCCUGCUUCAUGCUAAUCAGCAAAGUUUCUAGUCGAGAGGUGCAUCGCGAUGCUCUCCAUGCGCUUGUGCAUGCUCCACUCCGGCUCUUCUCGCAACUCGAUCAUGGAGAAAUCACUUCGUUGUUUUCGCAGGACAUGAACAUCAUCGACUCCGAAUUGACACAAGCUGCGAUGAACACCGUCCUGAACACCUUCGUUGCAAUCGGCAUGACUGCCGUCUUGGCCAGCGCGUCUCCUUACGUCUUGAUCAGCCUCCCUUUCAUGUUGGCCGUUUGCUGGUUCGUGCAACGAGUGUAUCUUCGCACGGCCCGACGACUGCGUAUCCUGGAUCUGGAGGCCAAAGAGCCUUUGUACACGCACUUCCUGGAGACGGUACGAAGCAUAAGCACGAUCCGAGCUUUUGGUUGGCAGAAGCAUUUUCUUGAACAGAAUCAUGAUAUGCUUGAUACUUCCCAGAGAGCCGCCUAUUUACUCGCGAUGAUCCAGAGAUGGCUCGAGUUCGUGCUCGGUAUGGUAGUGACUGGAAUGGCGACACUUCUGGUAGCCUUGGCGGUGAACUUGCAAUUGAAUGCUGCCAUUAGUGGGGCUUCAUUGAUAGCCCUGUUGAGUUUGGGCGAGGCUCUGACAACUGUCGUCGAAUACGGCAGUAGAAUGGAUAUCGCGAUAGGUACAGUGGGAAGAUUACAGGCCUUUGCGCGUCGAGCCGGGAACAACGAUGAAGCUGUGUUCAUUGAUGGUGAAGUUGAGCCGCACAGGCUAUCGAAAGGCGAGAUCAAAUUCAGGAAUGUGAACGUUACUUACGGUGGUGGAACGUCCAGAGCGGCUCUACUCUCCCAACAGAAGCCCCCGACCUUUCUGGCACUCCGAGACGUCAGCUUCACAAUUGCCGCCUCAUCAAAAGUCGCCAUCGUUGGCCGCACCGGCAGCGGCAAGUCUACCAUCUUCCGGCUUCUGCUCCGCCUAUUGGAUCCCCUUCCAUCAAGCACCAUCCUCAUCGACAACCAUCCGCUCGCCCAUGUCCCACGCUCAGUGGCCCGAGAACGCAUCAUCGCCGUACCGCAAACCACAGUACUCCUUCCCGACGCCACGGUGCGAAAGAACCUUGAUCCAUACAAUCAGUGCAGCUUAGAAGACUGUCUUGAAGCGCUCGACGUGGUGGGUUUGACAGGUGUUAUCCGUGAUCGAGGCGGACUCGAGACGGCAUUAUCGAACGAAAUGUUAUCGCAAGGGGAACUGCAGUUAUUUGGGCUGACGAGGGCUGUGCUGAGGAAGAAUCAAGCCGAGCGGCGGAAAAGUCGUGCUGACGCCGAGAAGGACGAGCAAGGCGGAAUCCUGCUCUUGGACGAAAUCGGGUCUGCCGUAGACGCGGAAAUGUACGAGCGGAUGUGGGAGGUCAUUUUGCGGGAGUUCCGGCAUUACACGAUCGUCGCGAUUGUGCAUCGUGUUGGCUCUGUGGUGUUGGAUAGAUUUGACCAGGUUCUUGCUAUGGACAGAGGAGAGGUGGUAGGGGAUGGUACGCCGAGAGAAAUGCUACGAGAAGCUUAG